AUGUUACUUGAUAUUCCAGAUGACUUUUCUGAAAAGCUUACUGAAAAGUACGAAUAUGCUUUAAAGAAUGAUUUUUUAGUCUUCAACGGAAUAGAUGCUGUGGUUGAAAUAGAUCAUUACAGUGCUAAUUCUGGCCAAAUACAAGAUGAUGAGAAGUUGAAGGAAAUUGAAGAAGAUCUAAUUGAUAUUGAAUAUACUACAUUCAAUCCAAGAAAAGAAACCGUUGAGCCUGCCCAUGGUACCGUGGACAAGAAUCCGUUCAAUAAGCCUGAACCUGAACUCACCAUUUUUGAGGAGUUUGGAGGGGAAAACGAGUUCAAGGUAGUCUUCAACAAAUUUCCGUUAGUACCAAGACAUUUCAUGAUGGUAACUAAUGAAUUCAAGCCUCAAAGUACCCCUUUGUCGACAAAUGAAUUGGUUGGGGUUUACUCUAUUUUGAGUAAACUUAAGAGUACGACAUCUGAAGAGACACAUAGUUGGUUAGCGUUCUACAACUGUGGGCCACAAAGUGGAGCAUCACAACCACACAAGCAUGUACAAUUCAUGACAUUACCUGAUAAAACGAAAUUCACACCAUUUGCCGAAAAUGUUGCAAAGAAAAGUGGCCCUUUCAUGCCCAACGACAAGGAGGAACCAUUGCAAAACGAAUCGUUACCAUUCGCUCACUUUGUAGCUAAACUCCCUGACUUAAAGGAAAUGGAAGCGGAUGACUUAUCAAUGUAUUUCGUCUCUUUACUUCAGAGAGCCCUUACAGUUAUAAAGGAAAAUGAGGUGGUCGAUCAUAUCUCUUACAAUGUACUCAUGACCACUGAAUAUAUGAUGGUCGUUCCACGUUCUCAUAGCAAAUACAAUGGCUCGAAGUUUGGAGUUAACAGUUGCGGAUAUGCUGGUUUAAUAUUGUGUAGAGAAAAGGAAUAUUUAACGCUUUGUAAAGAAGUUGGGCCAAUAACUAUUUUGAAAGAGCUUGGAUUUCCAAAGCAGGCUGCUGAUCAUAGUGAAGAGUUCAAAUAUUGA